UUUGUCAAUCAUGUGGAAGAGGCAGGCUGGGCAGUGGAAGUGCUGAAGACCAGUGGUAAACCAGUGGGUGCAACGCUGUGCAUCUCCCCUCAUGGAGACAUGGAUGGAGUCCCACCUGGAGAGUGUGCUGUCAGGCUCGUCAAAGCUGGAGCUGACAUUGUUGGCAUAAACUGCCACUUGGACCCUCUGACGUGCAUUCGUACAGUAAAGUUGAUGAAAGAAGGAUUACAGAAAGCUGGUCUCAAAGCCCAUCUCAUGAUCCAGCCACUGGGCUUCCACACCCCUGAGUGCAACUUAGGGGGAUACACUAGCCUGCCUGAAUACCCCUUCG